AUGUCCCCAUACACCUUCUACGACGUGACCUGCCCCACCGAACUCCCUGUGCGCAAACGCCAACUCGGUAUUACGCUUGGUGGACCUGGCGGUGGUAUCGCUAUAUCUCUUAACAUUGGCGGACCGAGGCAGAUUAGCUCGGCGUGUAGCUGCUUGAUCACGAGUGGACCGGCUGCUACGACGAUUACGAGGACGGCGACGAAAGAAAUGGUAAGGACGACCACGGUUACGGGGGUUAUUACAAGAACCGCUGUAGGUGGGUUGUGA